GCUUUGCCCAGGAGUUGGAAAGUGACCUCGACUCGUGAUGGUUCUCCUGUCACUUUGGUGGAUAGCAGCCGCUCUGGUAGAGGUGAGGACUUCAGCUGAUGGGCAAGCUGGUAAUGAAGAAAUGGUGCAAAUAGAUUCACCAAUAAAGGGACAUAGAGAGUAUGAGCUGGUGACUCCAGUCAGCACAAAUCUAGAAGGACACUAUCUCUCCCAUAUUCUUUCUGCAAAUCACAAAAAGAGGUCAACGAGGGACGUAUCUUCUAGCCCUGAGCGAUUGUUCUUUAACAUCACAGCAUUUGGAAAAGAUUUUCAUCUGCGACUCAAGCCCAACACUCAACUAGUAGCUCCUGGGGCUGUUGUGGAAUGGCAUGAGACAUCUCUGGUGCCUGGGAAUAUAACAGACCCCAUUAAUGAUCAUCAACCAGGAAGUGCUACACAAAGAAUCUGGAAAACAGAGCCUUUGCAGACCAACUGUGCUUAUGUGGGUGACAUCAUGGACAUUCCAGGAACCUCUGUUGCCAUUAGCAACUGUGAUGGUCUGGUAAGACUCCUUCCCUUUCGUGUGUAUGUGUUUACAGAUGCUGAGAGUGCAACAUGGCUUCAGUAUGGUUUGGAAGAUAGAGGUGGAAAGGAAGCCUCAUUGUUAUACUUUAAGUUCAGGAAAAAGCAUUAG